GAGGGAUGUAGCUAAGAAUUAAUCCAACGUGUCCCCACGCAGUUGCACAUAGAUAGGCACCAUUCCAAAAGUUUCCCAUGAGCAUAUAGGUUACGGCAAAGCUCCUAGUCUUUACAGACAACUCAUCACUCCCACAAGCUCCGUGUGACAUUGGAAUGCUAAUUCCACCAUCAUCCCUUGUCUUUUUACUCUGAUCAAUCAAUCAAACCUCACCCUUUGUCCUUUUUAGGUGACUUGUGUAUACUCCUCUUUCCCUCUCCGCUUCUGAAUCAUACAGCAAUGGCAUCUUUUUGGUCAUUGAUCAGAAGGUCCGGGACCUUAAUUCAUCACAAAAAAAAAUUGGCCUUUUUAGGAAUAGGAUCAGCACCUACCUUUUCUUCAUCUUCCUCAUCACCAUUUAUGAAAAGGCCAUGUGCAGCAUCAGCGCCUUAUAUCAACAACCAUUUCCGAUUCUUGCAGCGAUUUGAGUCUACAAAAGCUGAGGCGGCACAAUUGGAGUUACAGCACUAUGUCACCGACGACGAUGAUAACAACCAGGUCAUUGAUUUUCCUGGUGGGAAAGUUGCCUUCACUUCGGAGAUGAGAUUCAUUUCCGAGUCUAUUCAGAAAAGGGUGCCUUGCUAUAGAGUUCUUGAUGAUAAUGGGAUGCCCAUGAAAUACAGCAACUAUGUACAGAUCAGCAAAGAAAUGGCUGUGAAGAUGUACUCGGACAUGGUCACUCUUCAAACUAUGGACAGCAUAUUCUACGAAGUGCAGCGUCAAGGAAGAAUUUCCUUCUACCUCACCUCAAUGGGAGAAGAAGCUGUUAACAUUGCAUCUGCAGCUGCACUUUCUUUUGAUGAUGUCAUUCUGCCCCAGUACCGGGAGCCAGGAGUGCUAUUGUGGCGCGGUUUCACACUGCAACAAUUUGUGGACCAGUUGUUUGGAAACACAAGUGAUUUGGGAAAAGGCAGGCAGAUGCCGAUACACUACGGGUCUAACAAGCAUAAUUACUUCACAGUGUCGUCCCCCAUUGCGACACAGCUUCCUCAAGCAGUUGGUGCCGCCUACUCCCUUAAAAUCGAUGGCAAAAGUGCGUGUGCAGUCACUUAUUGUGGCGACGGAGGCACCAGUGAGGGUGAUUUCCAUGCUGGUUUGAACUUUGCUGCAGUAAUGGAUGCCCCAGUUAUUUUUAUCUGCCGUAACAAUGGAUGGGCCAUCAGUACACCAGUAGAAGAACAAUUUCGAAGUGAUGGAGUAGUAGUGAAAGGACAGGCUUAUGGAAUCUGGAGCAUCAGAGUAGAUGGAAAUGAUGCUCUUGCUGUUUAUAGCGCAGUUCAUACUGCUCGUGAAAUUGCGAUCAAAGAAAAAAGACCAGUUCUAAUCGAGGCUCUCACUUAUAGAGUAGGACACCACUCUACAUCAGAUGAUUCAACCAAGUACCGGCCAAUUGAUGAGAUUGAAUAUUGGAAGAUGGAAAGAAAUCCUGUGAAUAGAUUCAAAAGAUGGGUUGAAAGGAAUGGUUGGUGGAGUGAUCACAAUGAAUCGGAGCUUAGAAGCAGCGUGAGGAAGCAGUUGAUGCAAGCUAUCCAGGUGGCAGAGAAAGCACAAAAACCUCCGCUCAGCGACCUAUUCAACGACGUCUAUGACCGACUACCAUCGAACCUUGAGGAGCAAGAGAGAUUACUUAGAGAAAUUGUCAAGAAGCAUCCAGAGGACUACCCUUCUGAUGUUCCUUUGUAGUUUCAAAUAAGGAUUUGUACAAAGUUCGACCUCCAACCCCAAAAGAGUUAAAAAAAUUUAGGGGUCCUGGAGGUUUCUCUUGGUUUUAUUAUUAUGUAUUGAUUUCAAACAGAAAUCUAACCAGAAAGCAGAGUGAAGAAUAAACCCUUUAUUGAGUGUAAAAUAAAAUUGCAAUUAUCAUAGAUAGGCUCUUACAUGCAUUGCUAUGAAAGCCACAAAGAAGGGGGGGAACUUUUAAAGUUUGUAACUCUUACAUGCAUCACUCUUAUUCUUAAGAGCGUUUGUAUUGGAGUAUAUUUUCGUAUAGGGAGUGUUAUAUGAAUAACUCCUUUAGUAAAAAAUAAGAGAAUAUUAGA